UCUCCCAUAAUCUCGGGUGAGACUCCUCGUUUGCAAUAAAUUUAUUUAAUCGUAAACAACAGUUGGGUAAUUAUUGAAUCUUCAGGAAUUGUUCGAGCUCAAUAGAUCGAAAUGACGACUGGUAAAGUUGACUGGGGAAAACUUGCAGAAGAAGGAGAACUGGCAUCUGCUGUAACGAACUUAUCAGUAAAUCAGAACAGUAAAUCCCCUGAGACGAAUGGAGUUGAUGGAAACGAGACAGACAAAACCCCAACAGCAGCGGAGGAGUCACUCCUCAGAAAACUUCUCCACAAGUCUCUCGUGGAUUCGACACAGGAGCUAGAAAUUCAGCGAAAGAAUCCCCACUCUCCUCUGUACAGUGUGAAAUCCUUCGAGGAGUUGAAACUCCAGAAGAAGCUUCUCAGAGGUGUUUACGACAUGGGAUUCAUCAAGCCCUCAAAAAUCCAAGAAAUGGCCCUUCCCACAUUGCUAGCUGAUCCCCCAGGAAACAUGAUUGCCCAGUCGCAGUCAGGGACUGGAAAAACCGCAGCGUUCGUCCUGGCGAUGUUGAGCCGAGUUGACACGACGAAACCCUACCCCCAGGUCCUUUGUUUAUCCCCGACUUACGAGUUAGCUAUUCAGACUGGGGAAGUGGCUGCCAAAAUGUCCAAGCACUGCCCUGAGAUAAAAAUAAAGUACGCUGUGAGGGGUGAAGAGAUGGCCCGCGGUGAGAAAAUCACAGAACACAUAAUAAUUGGUACUCCAGGAAAGGCUCUGGACUGGUCUCUGAAGUUCCGAUUUUUUGACCUGAAUAAAAUAACGGUUUUCGUUCUGGACGAGGCAGACGUAAUGAUUGCAACUCAGGGCCAUCAGGAUCAGUGCAUCAGAAUUCACAAAAUGUUACCUAAGACCUGUCAGAUUAUGUUUUUCUCUGCUACUUAUGAGAAAGCUGUGAUGGACUUUGCUGAGAUAAUUGUCGAUUCCCCUAUGAUCAUCAGACUUUUGAAGGAGGAGGAGUGCUUGGAUAAUAUUAAACAAUUUUAUGUUAACUGCCAGGACAUGGACGAGAAGUAUGACGCCAUCACAACCAUUUAUACUAAUCUCACUGGGCAAGCUAUUAUCUUUUGUCAAACGAGGAGAACUGCCUCGUGGCUCGCUGACAAGAUGAUCAAUGAGGGAUUCACUGUUGCUGUUUUGUCUGGGGAUAUGACUGUCGCUGAUCGAAUUACUGUUCUUGAUGAUUUCAAAGAGGGUCGUGUCACUGUUUUGGUUACAACCAAUGUUCUGGCUCGAGGCAUCGACGUGGAUCAGGUGUCUCUGGUGGUGAAUUUUGAUCUUCCGAUUGAUCAGCAACGCAAGGCAGAUCACGAGACGUAUCUUCACAGGAUUGGUAGAACGGGAAGAUUUGGGAAGAAAGGAAUUGCCAUAAAUCUAAUCGAUUCUCCGCAGGCUAUGGAAAUCUGCAGAGACAUGGAACGACAUUUCGGGAAGAAAAUCGAACUCUUGGAUAUCGGCUGUCGUGAUCUCAAGGCUGUCAUUCGACAGUAACAAAUACCUCGAAAGUCAACUUAAUCUUAUCCUCAAUACUAUAAGUUAUCGAGUUAAUAAACCUUUCGUAUUCACAUGAA